AUGGCUAGAGCUGCGAUUUCAAAAACAAAGAUGCUAAUGCUUAGGUAUGACAUCUCGUGCAGGGAAACCAGGCCAGUACUCCAGUGCCAUUUCAGCAGUCCUCCGGCAGUACCUCGGCCAGAAAAAUCAAGGAACUCCAUCAAAGAUAGCAAGAUGGAGGAUUGGGUACCUCAUCCUCGCACUGGAAUUUACUUUCCAAAAGGCCACGAAUGGGUGAUGGAUGAUAUUCCAGAGAAUUCAGCUUCAUUCAAUCAGACUUAUUGGCUAAGGAAUGUUGAUGGCGUUGAGAAACCAGAACCGGAUACACCCCAUGAGCAUUACUUGCCUACCAAUCUAUAUUGA